CGUGUAGUAAUACGAGAAAUGGGAUUUGUGAAAACGCGUGAUGAAGAUGAAACAGCUAAUCUUAUAUGGAGUGAUUCUGCUGUGCAACAGGAAAAGAUUGCUGAACUUCGGAAUUAUCAGAGAAUCAACCAUUUUCCAGGAAUGGGAGAGAUCUGCAGAAAGGAUUUUCUGGCAAGAAAUAUGACUAAAAUGAUCAAGAACCAGCCUCAGGAGUAUAGUUUUAUUCCUCGAACAUGGAUCUUCCCUGCAGAAUACACACAGUUUCAGAACUAUGUAAAAGAACUGAAGAAGAAACGUAGACAGAAAACUUUCAUAGUCAAACCAGCUAAUGGUGCAAUGGGACAUGGGAUCUCUUUAAUAAGAAAUGGAGAAAAGUUACAAGCUCAGGAUCACUUGAUUGUUCAGGAAUAUCUUGACAAACCCUUUCUUAUGGAAGGCUACAAGUUUGAUUUGCGUGUGUAUAUUCUUGUAACCUCCUGUGAUCCAUUAAAAGUAUUUUUAUAUCAUGAUGGACUGGUGAGAAUGGGCACAGAAAAGUAUCAUCCCCCCAGUGACUCAAAUUUGAGUCAAUUGUAUAUGCAUCUGACUAACUACUCUGUCAAUAAACACAAUGAACACUUUGAACGGGAUGAAACAGAAGACAAAGGAAGCAAACGCUCCAUAAAAUGGUUUACUGAGUUUCUAGAAACAAAUAAUCUUGAUGUCUCCAAAUUCUGGAGUGAUAUUUCAGAGUUAGUAGUGAAGACUCUCAUAGUUGCAGAGCCACAUGUUCUUCAUGCUUAUCGCAUGUGCAGGCCAGGGCAAGCACCAGGAAGUGACAGUGUCUGCUUUGAAGUCCUGGGAUUUGAUAUUCUGCUGGACAGAAAACUAAAACCAUGGCUCCUAGAGAUUAAUCGUGCCCCAAGCUUUGGAACUGAUCAAAAAAUAGACUAUGAUGUAAAAAAAGGUGUUCUGCUAAAUGCAUUAAAGCUUCUUAACAUACGGACAAGUGAUAAAAGAAGAAAUUUAGCUCAACAGAAGGCUGAGGCUCAAAAGAGACUGUACGGUCAAGGUUCAAUGAAAAAACUGUUGCCAGGUUCUUCAGACUGGGAGAAGCAGCGCCACACACUGGAAAGGAGAAAAGAAGAACUGAAGGAAAGACUUGCACAAGUACGUAAACAGAUUUCCAAAGAGGAACAUGAAAAUAGACACAUGGGGAACUACAGGCGAAUUUACCCUCCUGAUGAUAAGACAUUACUUGAAAAGUAUGAGAGUUUGUUAGCCACUGCUUUCCAGACGUUUCUUGCUGGGAGAGCAGCUUCACUUCAGCGGGAAAUGAAUAACCCUUUAAAAAGAAUGAAGGAGGAGGAUAUUUUGGAUCUUCUGGAGCAGUGUGAAAUAGAUGAUGAAAAACUAAUGGGGAAAUGCACCAGGCAGCGAGGACCUAAGCCAUUGUGUUCAAUGCCAGAAAGUGCACAACCCUUAAGAAAACUUAAGAACUACAACAGUGAUAGUAGCUGUGAUAGUGGUAGCAGUAUGUCAGAAUCGGGAGAAGAAACUGAAAAGGAAGAUCACAAUGAAAAAAAAGAGAAAAAAGUUUCAUAUGAUCUUGAAGAAAAUAAAUGCAAAUCUUUGGAACGAUCAGGUAGAAUGAACUGGAAGCCUUCGAUUAAAAAUAUAAAAUCUCCAUCAUAUUCAUCCCCCGCAUCAUCCACAGGUCCAAUAAGGCGUUCUGUAAGCUGCCCUCGUUCAAUAUCAAUAUUGACUAUGCAGUCACAGGCAGCUGAGCAACGUCCCUUUUCAGCCAAAGCAUCUCUGCAAAUCCAGCGUGCAUCCUCGGUGAAUAGGUCUCAUUCUUUAAACCGCAGCCCAUCUUCAGCCAGAGUCCCUCAGACACCCAGCUUGGGAACUAUGAACUCUUCAGGGAGUGAGUCUUUGCUGCAACAGAAAACAAAAGAGCAAGAAGUUGCUUUGACAAAAGAGACUCUUGUCAUUAUCAAUGACAUGAGAAUGAAGUUCCCGGGAAAAACAGAUGAAGAAUCAAACUUAAUUAUAGAAGAUAUUAUGGAUAACUGGAAGUAUCAUAAAACAAAAGUGGCAUCCUAUUGGUUGGUAAAACUGGAUUCUGUAAAGCAACGAAAAGUUUUGGAUAUAGUCAAGACAAGUGUUCGUGCAGUUCUACAGCAUGUCUGGAAGGCUCCAGACAUUGAAAAUUUACAUCUAUACCGUCUCUUUAACCGUGUAUUUAAUCGCUUACUUUGGAGCCAUGGUCAAGGUCUAUGGAACUGUUUCUGUAAUUCAGGGAGCUCGUGGGAAACCAUAUUCAAUAAAAGCACAGAGGUGGUGACUCCUGAGCAACUCCAGUGUUGCCAACGAAUAGUACAGCUUUGUAAACACUGCCUGCUGGUGGUUUACAAAUAUUCUUCAGAUUCAAGAGGAUCCCCAACUGGAAUUAGCUCCCACUGGGAUGAUACAAGGUAUUUAUUGCCAGGACCUUCACUGUUCAUCAUAAAAUCAUCCUCGUCCAACCUUAGCUGCAGUUCGUCUGGAAUGCCUCGCCCUAACAUUUUGUUCACACACAGAUACAGUCACUUGUGA